AUGGCGCCCUCAACACAGACACCGUUCGCUUUGAUCCUUGCCGAGAUGGUUGUCGCCAUCACUGCCGUGAUCCUGUUCUGUCUUGAAUAUCCAGUAGAUUUCAGAUCAAGACUCUGGGAGAACGGUGGUGAGUUGGGAUACAACUCAAACCCAAACAAACGCAUCUAUUACUAUGCCAACCACCUUGAGCCCCCAGAGGUACCUUUUAUUUGGAGUCAAAGCCUGGCCGCCUCGAACCUCGCCAUCGCCAUGCUUGGCUUGGUUGUCUUUGUCGCCCGCACUAUCAUGUCCCGACUUCGUUGCCUCCCUCACCACAUAAACAUCAUCUACGACAUGAUUCUCUUCAGUCUUUGGGCUAUAGGCCUCGCAGGACAAACAUCGAGCGACCUCUCCGAUCCCAAACACCCGAGUCCACAUCCAUGGUACCUCACGAGAGGGUGCUCUGUCAGUUGGGACAGGACCCGAGGAUAUUGUCAUACCGCCCAGGCGGGUUUUGCGAUAUCUAUCAUGGCCGGGAUUCUAUAUGGCACGAGAUUAAUAAGGGAGAUUGUCCUGGUCGCAUAUGCAAGCGGGCAGCGACAUCAGUCCAAAGGGCUUGUCUUGAAUACUGAUGAUAUAGAGUCGUCGGAGAGCUUCUACUCGGACGGGGAGUGGGAAUCUUUGGAGCAAAAGACAAGUAGAAACAGCCUUGUCUUGAGUCCUGUUUUAGCCUUCUUCCCAUCUGAUUCUGAAAGCCGUUGGUAG